CGGAUUCAACGCGUUUCAGGUUCAUAUUCUAUGAUCGGAUCCAGUUGAUGAUCUUCGAGAGCUUUGUUAGAGAGCUGAUUCGUGGAGUUUCUUAGGAGGUUGAUUGGCACUUGUUAGUGCACCACUAAUGCAAUCAGUUGACAGGGACAAGAAGGAAAAGAAGAAGAAUCUGAAGCGUUCAAGAUCGUCUCUUUGCAAUAUGCCUUUGACUGACUCAAACGUUGCACCACCUCUUGACAGCUGUACUCUCUUCCCUGUUGAAGAGAUUGUCCAAACCCCAUUGCCUGGUUGUGGUGUGCCUUCUGCAAUCAGUUUCAGUCCCGAUGACAGUAUAAUAACUUUUUUGUUUAGUCCUGAUCACACUUUGAAUAGGAAGGUUUUUGCUUUUGAUCUCAAGACUCGCAAACAAGAAUUGUUUUUUAGUCCCCCGGAUGGUGGACUGGAUGAGAGUAAUAUAUCACCAGAAGAGAAGUUGAGGAGGGAAAGACUGAGGGAGCGUGGGUUAGGAGUAACUCGGUACGAAUGGGUGAAGAUGGGAUUAACAAAGAAAGCAAUCAUGGUGCCCUUGCCAGCUGGGAUUUAUUUCCAGGAUUUUUCUUCUUCAAAACCAGAGCUUAAGAUUCCAAGUGCAGUGUGUUCACCUAUUGUUGAUCCACAUCUAUCCCCAGAUGGCACAAUGGUUGCUUAUGUGAGGGAUUGGGAAUUGCAUGUACUCAAUCUCUUGCGCAAUGAAUCGAAACAGUUGACUUAUGGUGCCAACGGAAGUUCUUUGACUCAUGGCCUUGCUGAAUAUAUAGCUCAGGAGGAGAUGGAACGGAAGAAUGGAUACUGGUGGUCAUUAGACAGCAAAUUCAUCGCAUUUACCCAAGUUGAUUCUGCAGAGAUACCUCUUUUCAGAAUAAUGCACCAAGGUAAAAGCUCAGUUGGUUCAGAGGCACAGGAGGACCAUGCUUAUCCAUUUGCUGGAGCUUCAAAUGUCAAAGUUCGCCUUGGGGUAGUGUCUGCUGCUGGUGGUCCUAUUACUUGGAUGGAUCUUCUCUGUGGAGGAGCAGAUCAGGCAAACAAUGAGGAGGAAUAUUUGGCUAGAGUCCAUUGGAUGCAUGGGAAUAUUCUCAUAGCUCAGGUUUUGAACCGUUCGCACUCUAAACUAAAGAUGCUUAAGUUUGAUAUCAAGAAAGGCCAAAGUGAAAUAAUAUUGAUAGAAGAACAGGGUACAUGGGUUAAUUUACAUGACUGCUUCACACCUCUGGACAAAGGAGUCACCAGAUUUUCUGGGGGAUUUAUCUGGGCGAGUGAACAAACCGGAUUUAGACAUAUAUACCUGCAUGAUGCAAAUGGGACUUGCUUAGGACCUAUAACUGAAGGGGACUGGAUGGUUGAGCAAAUUGCUGGUGUAAACGAGGCUGCAGGGCUUGUAUAUUUCACUGGGACAUUAGAUGGGCCUUUGGAAUCUAACCUUUACCGUGCUAAACUAUUCACAGAUGGAAUCAGACCCCUGGAGGCCCCAGUGAGAUUGACUCAGAGCAAAGGAAAACAUGUGGUUGUGCUUGAUCAUCACAUGCGAACUUUUGUUGAUAUUCAUGAUUCUCUUGAUUCUCCCCGGGUUUCAAUUUGCUCAUUGGAAGAUGGAAGCUUAAUCAUGCCUCUGUAUGAGCAGCCAUGUACCAUUCCCAAACUCAAAGGGCUUCUACUUGAGCCUCCAGAGAUACUUAAAAUACCAGCAAAUGAUGGAACUACAUUGUAUGGGGCUUUAUAUAAGCCUGAUGUAACAAGAUUUGGGCCUCCACCUUACAAAACCUUAGUCAGUGUGUAUGGUGGUCCAAGUGUACAGCUUGUUUGUGAUUCUUGGGCAAAUACAGUUGACAUGAGAGCACAGUAUCUACGAAGCCAAGGCAUCCUUGUCUGGAAGAUGGACAAUAGAGGAACUGCUCGACGGGGGCUUAAGUUUGAAGGCUCUUUAAAAUUCAAGGCUGGCCAGAUUGAUGCUGAUGAUCAGCUGACUGGAGCUGAAUGGCUUAUUAAACGAGGGCUUGCUAAAGUUGGCCAUAUUGGGUUGUAUGGGUGGAGUUAUGGUGGAUAUCUUUCAGCUAUGACCUUGGCCAGGUUUCCUGAUGUCUUCUGUUGUGCUGUGUCUGGUGCCCCUGUAACGGCCUGGGAUGGGUACGAUACAUUUUACACUGAGAAAUACAUGGGAUUGCCUUCUGAGAAUCCAUCGGGUUAUGAGAACAGUUGUGUAAUGCACCAUGUGCACAAGGUGAAAGGGAGGUUGUUACUUGUGCAUGGCAUGAUCGAUGAAAAUGUACACUUCAGGCACACUGCGAGGCUAGUGAAUGCACUUGUUAUGGCUGGAAAGCCUUAUGAAUUAUUAAUUUUUCCAGACGAACGCCACAUGCCUCGCCGACACCGGGAUCGAAUUUAUAUGGAAGAGAGGAUUUGGGACUUCAUAGAGAGGAGUCUGUGAAGUAACAAGUUUUUUUUUUUUUUUUUUGGGGGGGGGGGGGGGGGGGGGGGGGGGGGGGCGCUUUUAUUUUCUUUUACUUUCCAAGGGAGAUCUAUGUUCCAAUUCCUUUUUAUUAUCUCUGUAAAAUAUGGAAGACCCGUAUGGCACCUUUCAGCCUUUUUUAAUAAGCCGUCAAGUGGAUUUUGUGUAUAAAAAGCCCCACAUU